AUAGUCAGCAUUAUAAAGACUUUUUAGAAUUAUAUGGACAAAACACAAAUGAACAAUUUCAUCUAUCAUAUAGCAAAGUAUUAUCAAAUGAACAAAAUAGUGAUUUGAAUACUGGACGUUUUGUUAAUAAUCUAAUUCAAAUGGAUUUACUUACAAUUCAUUUAGAAAAUAUUUCAUAUAGUUGCGGCUCACCUAUUUUUUAUGAAGAACAUACAUUGGCAAAUCGUAUAUAUAUAGAUCAUAAUUUGACUUGUGAUUUGCCAAUUGAACGAAAUUAUUAUUCAUGUAGACUUAAAGAUGUUGACUUGUGUUAUUGGUGUGGUACAGAAGAUGGAUUGCUUGAAAUUCCUAUAGACUUCUUCAAAAAUAUUUAUCCGUUAUGUUAUUCUUGUCAAGAAAAUGGUUAUAAAUGGUCAACUUGUGCACCAAAAUUAUAUGAUAACAAAAGCUUAUAA